UCGGAGUAUAUAUAAUCCAACCAAUGCAAACCCCAAGUUGCCCGGGUAACCCCUUCAGUUUUCCUCUCAUAGCUGAGACCUGCAUCCCGAUUUUACUUCGCCAUUCAACGACAGUUGGAUAGGCCCCAAAAGAGUCCUGUUUUUGUAGUUUCGUAGGGUUGAGAGCUUGAACAUGGAGACGAGUCCAGCCGGCGAAGAACCCACUUCGUGGGACGAUCUGUACAGCAUCAAUUUGAUGCCCUCCGAGUUGUUCCUCAAGUUUCGGAAAGAAAUUCAGGGACUCCGAGUCGGUGUUAAUUUGGAGUUUUACAAUGCUCCAAGGAAUGAUUUUCAAACAAAGCUUGUGUUCAAGCCUCUAUCCCCAGAUCGCCGGUGGAAGUUUGUGUAUGAGCCUAUACAUCAAGACGUGCGCAUUCUGUCAAAAAAGAUUCCUGUCACAAAGUUCUUGAAUCUCCAGGUUGGUGUAGGCCACAAUUUUCAGUUAAAUGCAAUUGGUUGGAAAUGGAAGCUCACCACAUGCUUGGGUGGAGAUGGUGUAUCUCGAAUUAGAAAUAAAACCACUCUUGGACUUUGUCCAGGUGUGGAUUUUCGAUUUGGAUGGAGGGCUGAUUACAUUCUUCCAGAAAUCACAGGGGGUAUUGGUACUGAUGAGCCACUUUUCAACAUGAACUCCGGGCGGUUGCAAGCAUCACUAGAUAGAGUGGAAGCUAUUUUAAGCUAUCCAGAUACUGUUUAGAAGAUAUUGGUGAAGAGAUGAUCGUAGAUGGUGGCUUGAAGAUUCUGAGUUUUUAUCUUAGCAGAUAUUCGUAUUUAAUAGCAGCAUAAACUGUCUGCCUGAAAUCCGUAUUCAGUUGGAGAAGUGGGAAUAUAGGGAGGGACAACGAGGCUCAGUGGAGAAUGAGUUUUGACGCCUUCAAAUUUCCAUCAGUUUUGUUUGACAAUGUCGAUGUAUAUAAGCGAAGUAUCGCAGUGUUAUGCAAAUCUGUUUCAUCAGCUGUUUUUACUCUUCAUUUUCACAUACAUUUCCUUUUCUCUACAUUUGCUAAAUAUACAGUCAACUACGAAACAUGUGUAGAAACA